AUGGCUUGUGCAUUGUCUACCCCUCCUCUUCUAUCAAACAAUAAUAAUUCCACGGAAAGACAACGAGAUGAUGAUGUAACUUCAGACAGACCCAAUGGAAAACAGCAACGACGUUUCAUACCGGUCACAUCGGCCAUACCUGAUAUACCACAUGGUUUUGUACUUUCAUUACCUCCACGUCCUGAACAAUCCGGUAUAAUAAAAGAAAGUGAACAAAUGAUUUAUGUUAAUCAUUUUUCAUGUCAAUUAAAACAAAAUUUAAAUUUAUAUCAAUAUGAUGUUUGUGUUGAACAAGCAAACCGUAAGCCACAAAAUGAUCAAUGGCAUGAAGUCAAAGGUCGAGAAAAAUGUAAAACAUUUUUUUAUCUAUUACUAAAUGAAAAAUGUUUACCUUCUACGAAUGUAUGGUACGACGAAGGAAAAUGUCUUUAUAGUACGGAACGAUUUGAACCGGUCAUUAUCACAACAAAACAGAAUGUUCAACUACGUUUCAAUAUUAAAGCACAAAGUGGUAUGUGGAAUACACAAGAUAUUUAUGAUUAUAUCAAUGGUCGUACCUCUCAGUAUCCCUUCGAUGCUGUAAGAAUUAUUGAAACUUUAUUAAAAAAAUCCAUACAUCACUUAAUCCACGUGGAACAUAAUACCUGUUAUUUUACAAAUCAGAAACCAUCAAUCUUAGAUGGUGGUUUUGAAGAAUAUCGUGGCUUUGUUCAAAUGUUAAAUCUAGCUAAAGAAAGAAUCUCGCUGAUAUUGCAAACAAAAUUAACAACAUUUUAUCCUACAGUCGAUAUGCUCGAGUUUAUAGAAAAUUAUUUAGGUACAAUUACACUUCGACCGAGUGAUUAUAAACAAUUAGCGAAUGUGUUGGAUGGUGUAAAAGUAUCAACUAUACAAAGUAACCAUACCCAAAUAUAUUGGAUAAAACGUUUUGGUGAUGUACCUGGUAAUAUUUACCUCGAUGACGAUUUAACAAGACCAAAUGUGACGCAGUACUAUGCUGAAGAAAAAGGCAUUAAAUUAAAAUAUCCACAACUGAAAUGUUUAGAAGUUUAUUUUCUAAAUGAAUAUACGAAUCCUAAGUUUCUUCCACUGGAAGUUUGUCGUUUGACACCAUGGCAAAUAUAUGAUCAUGAAGUUGAUAGUAAACAACGGCGUAUGACUGAAGCACAACGACCAAAAAAGUCCAUUCCUAAUCCUGAAGAACGUUAUAAAGCUAUUAUGUCAUCUCUUCAAACAUGUAAUUAUAACAAUAAACAAAAUAAUUUGUGUCAAGCAAUUGGUUUUCAAAUAAAUGAUCAAGAAAUGCCAAAAGUUAAAACACGUAUAUUACCAAAGCCACAAAUCACCAAUGGUAGUCAACAAAGACGUGAACAAGCGGAAAUUCGAUUCGGUAAUAUACAAUUAAAUGGCCAUUUAUUUCAACCUAAACCAAUAAUAAAAUUAUCUCUGGUACAUUUUGGACAAUUUAAUGAUGCUAAGAAAAAUUUAUUAACAAAUUUUACUAAUAGCUUUUUUGGAAUAUUGAAAAAAUUUGGAAUGCCACACCCACAACUUAAAAUAUGGAAACUGGAUGAUACACAAAAUGAAAUAGAAGAAUUUUUUGUUGAACAAAAACGAUUGAAUCCAGAUGUAAUCAUAUGUGUUUUGGAAAGUGAUAUUAAAGCUAGUGUGAAAUAUUGUGCUACGGUUACCCAUGGUCUGAUGACACAAUGUGUUUCGUUUCAUAAACUGGUUGAACAAAGUAAACGAAAAACCAGAAUGGCGACUACGCCCGUGGCAUUAUUCGAUAAUUAUUGUGAAAAUUUAUUACGUAAAAUAAAUUACAAAACGAAUGGUAUUAAUAUUCAAGUUAAUUUAAAACAAGCAUUAACAAAACAACAUCAACAACCGAUAAACAAACAAACACCACGGAUAAUGUUUUUUGGUGCUGAUGUAAUACAUCCAACUAAUUGCACUGAACGUUUUCCGAGCAUUGCAGCUUUGGUCGGUUCUGGUGAUCAAUUAUGUACUAUGUCAGCCAGUCGUAUUUGUAAACAAUGGCCAGAUGAUGGCAAAUGUUCAAUUGAAUGUAUUGUUCGUCUUGAAGAUAUGGUAGUAGAGUUAUUAGAUUAUAAUCGUCAAUUGAAUCAGGGACAAUUGCCAACUCAAAUUGUAUUUUUUCGCGAUGGUGUGGAUGAUGGUCAAUAUUCGAAAGUUAUUAACUUUGAAAUACCGGCCAUCAAAAAUGCAUUUAGAGCUGCUUAUGCUAACGAAAAUUUUACACCGUUAUUAACCCUUAUUGUUGUUAAAAAACGUCAUCCCACCCGAUUUUUUAUGUUUGAUGAACCAUCCCAACAAACCAGUAAUAUUCCAAUUGGAGCUUGUAUUGAUACCACUAUUGUUCAUCCAUAUCAAUUGACCUAUUAUCUCAAUUCACACCAAGCUCAAAAGGGUGUGAAUCAUCCAUCACUGUAUGUUUGUUUACUAAAUGAAAUUGGUUUAUCGAUUGAUGAAUUACAACUGUUAACACAUUAUCUUUGUUUCACUGAUCCACGCUCAUCAGCCGCUGAAGCUAUUCCAUCUGUUGUUCAUCAAGCUGAUUUGGCUGCGCUGAAAGCACGGGAUUUAUUUGUCGAUAAUAAUAAUGAUGAAAGAUCAACAGUCAGUAGUGGUGGUAAUAGUAAAUACUAUAUUCCACUGGAAAAUCCAACUAUUCAAAAUAUUAGAACGGAAAUAUUACGAGUCCAUGAACAUUUGGAAAAUCAACCGUAUUUUGGUUAA